AUGUUGAGUCGACGGUUAGGAGCGCUGUUCGCGCAGGCGAAGGAAUCGACGGGCAUCGUCGGCCUCGAUGUUGUCCCGAACGCGCGUCAGGUGCUCAUCGGCCUCUACAACCAAACCCUAAGCGCCGUCCAGGUGAUUCCUCAGGAGGCCGUGUACAGGCAGAACGUGGAGGCGCUGACGCGGCACCGGCUGGCGGUGUGCGAGGAGGAGCAGGAAGCGGAGCGGAUCGAAGCGCGCGUGCAAUGCGGACAGGUGGAGGAGCUGAUCGAGCAAGCUAAGGACGAGCUAGAACUGAUUCCUAAAAUGGCUGAGUGGAAGCCAUGGGAGGGCAUGCUCGGCUCGAGAUCGGAUUCCACCUCUGUCCCCCCAGCUUCGCCCCCUUGGUCGUCUUGGCGGCGUUCCUCCGUUGUAACAACACUCGCUUAUAGCACGCCCGUCCCUGCGUCACAAGUGAAGGUUGGAACCGGCUCACCUUCCCCUCUGGGCCCGUCUCUAGUGGAGAAGCGCGCCAAGCUAGACGGCUACAGCCGGCUGCCUGCUCGAGGAACCGUCAACUUUACGCUCUUCUCCAAGCAUGCUACAGCCGUGACCCUCUGCCUCUUCCUGUCCGGCAAGCAGGGCUCGCCUCCUGACCUCGAGAUUUCCCUGGAUCCCAGCAACCAACGAACGGGUGACAUCUGGCAUGCUUCUGUGGAGAACGUGCCUCUCUGUGGCAUGCUGUAUGCUUACAAGGUGGACGGCCCAAAGGGGUGGGGCGAGGGCCACCGAUUCGACCCCUCAUUGUUGCUGCUCGACCCCUACGCACCCCUCGUGGAUGGGAGGAGGAAAUUUGGGGAUGGGAGCCAACGGAUGGCUCAGAUGUACGGCACGUUUGAUUUUGAAUCUGAGCCGUUCGAUUGGGGAGAGGCGGAAGCCAAGAGAACGCCGAUUCCCGAGAAAGACGUGAUUAUAUACGAGAUGAACGUGCGGGCCUACACUGCAGAUCCUUCCAGUGGGGUCGAGGAGGGAAGACGAGGAAGCUACUCGGCUGUUGCGGAUAAGGUGCAACACUUGGUACAGCUGGGAGUGAACGCGGUGGAACUGCUUCCCAUCUUUGAGUAUGACGAGAUGGAGUUCCAGAGGCGCCCCAACCCCCGCGACCACAUGGUGAACACGUGGGGCUACUCCACUGUCAACUUCUUCGCCCCCAUGUCCCGCUUCGCCUCCAACGCUGGUGGGCCCGUGGCAGCAGCGAGGGAGGUGAAGGAGAUGGUGAAAAAGCUGCAUGCGGCGGGGGUGGAGGUGAUACUGGAUGUGGUAUACAACCACACCAACGAGGCUGACGACACGUUUCCCUACACCACCUCGUUUCGAGGGAUUGACAACAAGACAGCAAGGUGCGCUGGCCUGGAAGUCAAAGCAGAGAGGGUGGAAAAGGUUGGAGGUGAAGCGGGAGCACGCAGCAGGGGUGGAGGUGAUAUUGGACGUACUACAUCGUCCAGCCCAACAGCUAUGUGCAACUUGCGAACCACGCCGGGUGUGGUAACAAAUGAGGGCUCACUCCACCCUUCUCUUCCCAACCACGUCUCCCCACCAACCACUCCCUUGAACCCAUUCCCACCCCUCUGUCAGACGUACUACAUCGUCCAGCCCAACAGCUAUGUCCAAUUGGCGAACUACGCCGGGUGUGGUAACACGCUCAACUGCAACCACCCGGUGGUGAUGCAGAUGAUCCUGGAUAGCCUCAGGCACUGGGUGCAGGUGAGAUGGGUGGAUGGGAAGGGGGAAGAUGAGGGUGUUGGACAGGCGUUGAUUGUGGGUGCAUGUGAGAUGAUCCUAGAUAGCCUCAGGCACUGGGUGCAGGUGAGGCUGAGGGGAGGGGCGUACAGAGAGUACAAGAGGGGCCAUAUCGGGUGGGAAUGUGGGGAAGAGUACCAUGUGGAUGGGUUCCGCUUCGACCUCGCCAGUGUCCUGUGCCGAGGCACUGAUGGAGAGCCCCUCACAGCACCAUAUCCAUGCUCAUCCCUUUUCACCCCUGCGUGCCCCUGGUUACCCCUUCCUUCUCCCCUACGCCCUCACCUUCCCCAUCAGGAGUACCACGUGGAUGGGUUCCGCUUUGACCUCGCCAGUGUCCUGUGCCGAGGGACCGAUGGAGAGCCCCUCACAGCGCCUCCUCUCAUUCGGGCCAUUGCCAAGGACGAGGCCAUUGCCAAAGACGAGGUGCUAUCUAAGUGCAAGCUGAUCGCAGAGCCGUGGGACUGUGGGGGACUCUACCAAGUGGGAAGCUUUCCCAACUGGGACAGGUGGCCAGAGCGGAACGGCAAGUAUCGAGACGACGUGCGCAAGUUCAUAAAGGGCGAUGAGGGCAUGAAGGGGCCGUGGGCGGAGUGGAACGGCAAGUACCGAGACGACGUGCGCAAGUUCAUCAAGGGCGAUGAGGGGAUGAAAGGGCCCUUUGCCACUCGACUGGCUGGAUCCGCUGACAUGUACCAUGUCAAUCAGCGCAAGCCCUAUCACAGCAUCAACUUUGUCAUCGCUCACGACGGCUUCACACUCAGGGACCUCGUGUCUUACAACGUCAAGCACAACGAGGCGAAUGGGGAGGAGGGCAGAGAUGGCAGCAACGACAACUUCAGCUGGAACUGCGGAGUGGAAGGUGCCACGCAGGACGAGGGGGUCAUUGCAUUGAGAAACCGGCAAAUGAGGAACUUCCACAUCGCGCUGAUGAUCUCCCAGGGCAUGCCCAUGAUGGGGGAUGAGUACGAGCACACGCGCAUGAUCACAUGCUGUGAAUAG